UGAUAAAUUUUGAUGGUCAUUUGGAACGAAAUGAAUCAAUUCCUCACGAGGAAUACUUCCAAGGCCACGGCAGAGAAAAGAGAGCUUUCGCUCUGUGACUGUUGCUGACAUUGCUAGAAGAUGUGGUCGAAGCUAGCACGCGGACCAGUGCGGCUGUGUCGCUGUGCAGUGAACAAGCCACAGCCGAUUGUGCAGAGCUGUUCAGCGGUCAGCACUUAUCUCAGUCACAUUGACUUGAGGAAAGACGACGCCUGGUCUGUACAGGUCACGGAGCUGAGCGCUCAGAGUCCAGGGGAAAUUGCCGAGUUUGCUCGCAUGGCGUACCCUCAGAAUGGCGUUCUCUUCGUCGACGCCGGACAGCCGUUUAGCCAGCGCUUCCAUGCUGCCUAUUAUGUAGCAAUGAAGAAGCUUGGCCAGUUUGAGAAGCCUGCUGAUGUUCUACCGCUGCUAGCACUCUGGCUGUCCUAUCCAUGCGAGGAUGGUGAGGGAACAGGACGAGAAAACGACCAUUACACGCAGGAGCUGUGCCGGCAUCUCUUGGCCAUGGCCUCGCAACUAACUGCCGCAGACGUUAUCGCCCUAGUCAAUGCAUUCCGCGUGCCGCACAUCACCUCCAUCCCCGAGCCCAUUCUUGUAUUCACUAGCCGUUGGAUCAACGCCGUGGUGCCGCACAUGCAGCUGUCUGACGUCACGGCGCUGUUGCAAGCAACCGGCGGACUCGGAAAGCACUUCCACUCGUUCUUCGACACGUGCUGCCGUCGGCUUCUGGAGGCUGUCGGCGACAGGAUGAUUGACGCUAGGACCCUGGCGUCUUGUCUGCACGCCCUGUCACUCGAUCGCAUCUGGUCGGAGCAGCUGGUGGCCUGGUCCGCCGACUCUCUACUGCAGAGCGGCGGCGAGACGUGGACAAACGCCACGUGUCAUCACGUGGUCACGUCGUUGUUCAACCUAGGCUGCGUUCACACGGCGCUGAUCCAGGCGGCCGUCACGCGCUACACGCCCGACAUGCAGCGGAACAGCCGCCAGUGCCUGGAGAUACUGCACUGCUGCCAGCUGUUCGACCUCUACCCCCAGCACCUGAUCGCUGCCGUUCGCGCCUGGCUGGCAAGCAAACAGAUGUUUGACUGGGACCUGGACGAGACUGCUUGGUUGGUGGAGCGGCUGCUGUUCCUGGAGAUAACGUGGACGAUGUCGCACCCCAAUGAGCCACCACUGCUGUCUGACCAGCUGCUGGGGAGAUUUCUGCGUGACGCCAGCUUGAAGCUUCCAGUCGGCAAGAUCUCGCCGGGCUCUAUCCUGCGCUAUCCGUACGUGUACAACUUUGUGGCCCACCAGGCAGGUGGCAAUCAAUUUGUGGCCACAGAGGUACAAUUGUUCACUCAGUCAAUAGACAUGCUGAUAGUCAUGGACCAGGUUGGCUGUCUGCUACCUGCCGCCCAGCACCCGUCCACCGCCUCGCCACCGCUCAUACCGCCGCCACUUGCCACUCGCAUACGACUGGCCAAGGCGCUCACGCCCGAGCAAAUCGAGAGGAUGAAGUGGAUCGGCUUGCCGUUCCGUGCCAUCGCCAUCCAGGUUUGCGAGCCGCAACAGUGUGUGCGCCGCACCCUGAACGUGGACGGCGAGACGGCACUGCAGGAGAGGUUCCUGUCCCGGCUCGGGUACAGCCUUGUGCGGGUGCAGCUUGACGAGUCUGGACGCUUUGACAAGGACGCGUUAGCCACGUCCCUGAACGCAUGCUUUGCUCUGCCUCCGAAGCAGGACAAUGCGGUCACGCGAUUCAUCACGUCGCAUUUCGUCAAGAAGGAGGCAUCCAAAGCCUCCGCUAAAGGCCAGAGGAGGCGGUGAGGCGAUCGACUGUGACCCGUCUUAGACUUGCACACAGGAUGGCAUUGUACAACACGCUCUCUGUCCCAGUGUUUGUAUCAGGCCAUUGUCUUUGUUUGUUCUCGUCAUUUUCCUUGAGUGAUGACGGAUUCAAUGUUUCCAAUUUAACAAUCUUCCAUCCUAGUCUUUAACAACUUUACACCACUACUAGUCUGUGAUAGAUUUUCUGUAUCGCCUACUCCAAGCUGACAGUGUACCGGCCUGCUCUUUUGCCAGGCACUUGGCGUUGCUGUCCUUGCUACAAGCAUGCCAGGUGAGCUAUUGUUUGGUUGGCUAUCGCACCGCUGAUGCUCCACUCAAUUCACCAGAGCACUGCGUUGUCCGUCGGUAGUGCCAGACUUUGCUCGUACUCCUGCUGCUCCACGUGGAUACGCUAAUGCCAAUGGCAUGCAACGCCUGCUCUUGCAGCCGGACACUAAUGCCAAUGGCAUGCUACAGCUAUGCCUGCGCUUGCAGCCGGACUUAAAUAACUGUGAUUGCCGUGAACACCGGCGCUUUAUUUAACAAGUUAGAGAACGACAUGCGUGUGUAAGCCAUGGAGCAGGUAUUCUACGUCUCCCUGGUGUAAACUUAUUAGCCUGCUAACCGAUUCAGCCGCACACGUGUACACUAUAUCGGCCGAGUACAUGUCAUAGGCUGUUUUACGAGCUGAGCAUGCAUCAAUCACACUGUACAAUAACCGACGUGGGAAACCACCUUCAAUGCUAUCUACACACAUGUACUUGAAUAAAUGAAUUUUUUUAUGUA